AUGACUUCCGGUUCCCUUUUUGUGUGUGAGUCAUUCAAUGAACUCAAAAGAGAGUACACCAGAGAUGAGCAAUUGGACUUGGACUUGCUCACUCUUAGGGUUUUGAAGGACUUGAUUCUAUUGCUCCCUAAAGGACCGUCUCUGCCACUGACUUCAGAAGAGAAGAAACUUCAAUAUCGUUUCAAACCCACCUGGGGCUCCUUCCAAAGAAAAAGGUUGAAUCUUGGUUCUUCCAAGCCUCAUACCCGUUACCAAUUGCCAAAUUUGAACGUCAAAAGGAAGAGGUUUUCUCAACCCACUGGCAUUGCAGAUCCGGAAUUGAAAGCUUCACUACUACAAGAGGGUUUUGCUUGUGCUGCCCCCAAGAUCAUCACACGCCUCAAAAUAAUCCCACCCAAGAAACCCCAUUUGGGAAUCUCUGCUGCUUCAUCCAUUGAUGUUCCCAACCACUCUGAAUCUCCCAAACCCACGCCACCCAGAGUAAUUGAUGGCCUCAACUGUCAAGGUUUGAAGCUUGUUACCCAGAAGCGAAGAAAAGCCACAAAAGAAGAACAAAUUGAAGAAAAGCCACCAAAGAAGCCCAAAUUGAACCCAACCCUUCCACUCUCAAACCCAUCACCAAAACUGCCUCAAAAUUUCCAGAAUAUCAUCGACACAAUGGGUGGAACCCAACUGGUUUUGGUCAUACAGAAACCUCUUACUAAGACUGACCUAAACCGGCAUAACGCUCGGUUAUCCAUGCCUUUAAGCCAAAUCAAUGGCAGUUUCUUGAGAGAGGCAGAAAGAGUAUAUCUGGAUCAACAGCAAGCAAUGGAAGUCCCAUUCAUGGAGCCCUCCGGUAAGGUAAAUAAAAUUGUUUUGAGGCAAUGGGACAUGCCCAAGGAGUCAGGGAAGAAAAGCUCCUGCUAUGUGAUGAUAAAAUCUUGGAAUGAGGUAGUGGAAAAAAAUGAUCUUGGCAGAAAGCUUAACCAAGUGAUCCAAAUUUGGUCUUUUAGAGUUGGUAAUGAAGAUCAACUCUGCCUGGCUUUUGUUGUGGUCAACACAGGAGAGAACAAUGAAGGAGCAAGUAGCUGCGGGCAAGGAAGAGAUAGGGAUUGACACUAAUUUUGACCUUUUCAAUUGACCAAUUUUCUUGUAAUUAGAUAUUUUGUUUAGAGUUUAUU